AUGAAAGUCAAAUUAAUUUCGUUCGUUUUGGUCGUUUUGUCAAUCGAUAACUUUGUGCUCUCGGAAAAAUAUCAAUACAUUGGUGAUUGUCUUCUUAAAAACGAGCAAAAUCAACGUCACCUAACGUUUGUGUGUGUAUCAAGUAGCCAAAGAAACAAUCUGUUUGACAUUUAUGGAACGGUCCGGUGUUCCAAGCAAGGCUUAUAUUUGUGGAAAUCGGACAUAAAUUCAAUUGAUUUCACCGAAUGCCAUCAACCGCAAAUACCAGACACUCUAUUCGAAAGGUUUCGAAAUGUCCGAGUUUUCGAUUUGUCAAAUCUCGGCCUCGAGCUCUUGAACACCAAUGGCUUCGAUCAGCUAACGGAAUUAUACGUGUCACAAAAUGAACUGGCGAAAAUUCCAGCCGACACAUUUGCAGGCGCCAACAAGCUCAUCGAAGUGGACCUUUCAUUCAAUAAAAUCAUUGAAUUGAAUGAGAAUGCUUUUGUCAUCGAAAAUAAAGUCGAAACGUUGAAUUUAGCACACAACGACAUGCAAGUAAUACCGGUCAACACAUUUCAUCGACUCAUCAAGCUGAAGCGUUUACUUUUUUCACACAAUCAAAUAGAGGCAAUUCCAUCGCUUUUGUUUCUGCGAAGUGAGCAUCUCAUCGAGAUUGAUUUCUCAUUCAAUAAAAUCGGAGAAAUUGAUGAAUUUGCAUUCGACGGCGAUUUCCAUUUGGAAAAAAUGAACCUUUCACACAAUCAACUCCACAGUUUAACUCCAGAAGUCAUGGCAUCUCAUAUAAAUUUGAAGAAAUUCGAUGUGUCUUUCAAUCAAAUCACCGUUCUAAAUCCGGAAUCACUUAAAAACCUGCAAAAUUUGGAGCUGCUAGACUUCUCCAAUAAUUUAAUUGAAAAAUUAUAUUCAACAACAUUUGUCAAUUUAACGAAACUGCAGCAUUUAUAUUUGGCACGGAAUCGUUUAUCAGAAAUUCUCUUGGGCACAUUUCAACAUCUAAUCAUGCUUGAAACGUUGGAUUUAUCGAGUAAUCAAUUGAAAGCAUUGCAUUCCAAUAGUUUUGCAUUGCGACCAACGCAAUUGAAACUGUUGUCGAUUGCAAACAAUCAAUUGCGGACGAUGGAUGGCAUAACCAGCUCGCUAAUGCCAAAUGUGAAAAUUAUCGGCAUGGACAGCAAUCAAUUCAGCUGCUCAUUUCUGAGAGAAUUUUUCAAAACAAUCACCUGGCAGCAAAUCGCCUCGAUCUCGAAACGAAUCAAGUGCAGCGGUGGAAAACAGAGGAGUCAAGAUCUUUUCGAUGAAAUUCGUCGCGAUUUUGUUUCAUUAGGAGAAGAUCUGAAAUUCCGUAUGAAACAUGCUUUUGAUGCCGAACGUGUUUAUAUAAUCAAAGCAAUUCCAUCUUUUCUAUUUCUAAAAUGCGAUAAACUCAUCGAAAUUGACUUUUCAUUCAACAAAAUAUCGAUUAUUGAUGAUUAUGCAUUUGCCGGAGAUUUUAAUUUAGAAAAGUUAAAUUUAUCACACAACCAUCCGAAGAGUUUGAAUUCGGCAAUCACAGAAUUCCAUUCAAUUUUGACGUUGAAUCAAUUGGACGUUUCGUUCAAUGAAAUCGACUUUUUAAAGCCAGAUACAUUAGAAAAAUGUGAAAAUUCAGUGUUAUUGAACUUGUCUGGCAAUUUACUUCAAAAAUUGAACACUCAUAUGUUUGAUAAGCUCGUAAAACUUGAGCAUUUAUAUUUAUCUGGGACCAAUUUAUCUGAAUUGCCUUCAGGUACAUUUGCAGCGCUCAUACGUUUGGAAUUAUUGGACCUCUCAAAUAAUACAUUGAAAACAUUGGAUAUUGACAUUCUUCCAUAUCGUCCGAAUCAACUGAAACUGCUGUCAAUCGCAAAUAAUCAACUGCAAGAGUUAAAAAACUUCACCGGCGAGCGCAUUCCAAACGCAAAAAUCGAUGGCAUCGACAGCAAUCAAUUCAGUUGUUCAUAUUUGAAAACAUUCUUCAAAUCGAUUACAUGGAAGCAAUUGCACUCGAUUUCUGUACGACUCGAUUGUAAUUCGGGUGUUAAACGUACUGAAAUUUAUAACGAUA